UUUGAUCUCUUUUAUUUGACCAAGGAGCACGAGAAAAUUUCAAAACAAGCCUCCUCAUUCAACUGCUAUUUUCUCUUAAUACAAGUUUUUAUAUUUAAUGACGAUUUUAUAGGGAAAACCGGCUUCCAUGGAGUUUACUUAGCAGCUCUGAAACUUGUUUCUUCAAAAUCUGUAACAAAAAUGAGGAACCUUGUGGAGUAUGAUGAUAGCGAUUCUGAAAUUGAAAUUUUGAAUGAAGUACCAGCGGCAACGGUACAAAUAGUUCAAAAGAAUAGUGUUUCUAAUGAUAAAUCGUGGAGGGACAUCUCAAAUAAUCAGGCAAGCUCCUCUAAUACCUCAUGGACCUCCAUUAUAUGUCACUUUGUCGAUAUGGGAUAUUCUUCCACCGUGGUUGAAAAAGCUAUUAGAAUACAUGGAAGUGAGAAUUGGAAUGAAAUAUUGGAUUAUCUCUUAACUUGCAAAGCUAUUGAUUAUUCAUUAGAUUCAAUCCAUGAGGAUUCAAACAUUGAUCCAGUGAAACUAAUUUUUGAUAAUCAGCACAAUUUUGAGGAAAUAAAAGUGAAAACUGAAGACAUGUCUGAUGGGGAUCCCAAGGAGACACCAUCAAAUGAUAGUCGGGCAGAUAAUAUCAUGGCUUCUUUGUUGGAAAUGGGUUAUGAUGAAAAUGCAAUCUCUACAGCAAUUGAGAUUAACGGGAUUUCUACUCCUGUAGAUGAAUUGGUAGAUUUUAUAGAUGCUUAUUUAUGUGGGAAAGGUGCCAAAGAUGUGGAAGGAGUAGUUGAUCAAAUUCACGAGGAUACAGAACAAAAGAAACAAAAUGGAGAGGAACUGAUUGGUUUUGGGGUUCCUGGAAAACCUGUUGGCCGGUGCUGUGAGGAGCUGAAUGCAUUUAUCCAAGGACCACCAUUUUUUUACUUUGAGAAUGAUGCAUUUGCUCCAAGGGCAGUCUGGAAGACGAUAUCCCAGUAUUUCAAUGGCGUGGAGCCAGAAUUUGUUGAUUCCAAGUAUUUUUCAGCUUCCACAAGACCAAGAGGUUAUGUGCAUAACCUUCCAAUAGAUGAUAGGUUUCAAGCAUUGCCUUUGCCCCCUAUGACCAUUCAGGAAGCACUUCCUCAAACAAAGAAAUAUUGGCCUUCCUGGGAUCGGAGGGAGAAAUUAAAUUGCAAGGUCGCUGGACGGAAUAGUCUUGUCCUCCUUGAAGAGCUCAGAUCUAUAAUUAAAAAUUCACACGGGAAACCAUCAGUGAGUGAACAAGAAUACAUACUUCAAAAGUGUGAGCAGUGGAACUUGGUUUGGGUCGGGCCAGGUCAUAUGGUGCCCCUAGAACCUCAUGAAUUAGAAGCACUACUGGGAUAUGAAAAAGAUCAUACUCGAGGAGCAUCUUGCCGAACUGAUCGCUUCCAAAGUCUAUGCAAUUCAUUCCAAAUAGAUACAGUCGCAUAUCAUUUGUCCGUUUUGAAAGCAUUCUAUCCUGAUGGUCUUAAAGUACUUUCUCUGUUUUCUGGUAUUGGCGGGGCAGAGGUUGCUCUGCAUCGUCUGAAGAUUCAUUUAAAGUGUGUUGUGUCUGUAGAAAUAUGUCCAAAGAACAGACUUAUUCUUGAAAGUUGGUGGCAGAAAACGCAACAAAGAGGUAGAUUGAUUCAGAAGGAAGAUGUGCAAUAUUUGACAAGAGAAGUACUGCAGGAUUUGAUAGAUAUGGUGGGAGGUUUUGAUCUUAUAAUCGGUGCAAGCCCAUAUAACCACCAAUAUACCAACAAUAAAGCUAACAGGGAUGAGCUAGAGUGGAGAAAUUCUUUACUUUUUAAUGAGUGUCCUCGCAUUGUGAAGGAAGUGAAGCAAAUAAUGCACUCUAAAGGCAUGGCAUAGGAUUUAUCUAUGUAGCACCGCUAUGACUCAUUUUUUUCGGUACAAUUUGAAACUCAAAUAAUUUACGGAGAAGAAAUUCUUUUGCUCAGAAAUUUUCGAGAAAGGCAUGCAACGAAUGAAAAUUCAUUUUUUUUUGAA